UUCUGAGCGCCGGCGGCCGCCACCUGGCCCUCCAGUGCUGGUUGCUGGUUGAGCCGGAGAGCCAAGGGGUACCAUGGAUAUCAUCCCUAGAGUGGGCUUGGGCACCUGGAAGGCCUCUCCAGGAGAAGUAGCCGACGCGGUGAUGGUGGCUAUCAACUUGGGAUACCGGCAUUUCGACUGUGCUUACUUAUACCACAAUGAGAGUGAGGUUGGAAUGGGAAUCAAUUCCAAGAUCAAGGAGGGUGUGGUGAAAAGAGAGGAACUGUUUGUCGUCAGUAAGCUGUGGUGUACCUACCACAAGAAGUCUUUGGUGAAAACAGCGUGCACCAAUACCCUGAAGGCCUUAAACUUGGAUUACCUGGACCUCUACCUCAUACACUGGCCCAUGGGCUUCAAGCCUGGAGAAAAAGACGUACCUUUGGAUUGCAAUGGCAUGGUUAUACCCAGUAACACCAGCUUUCUGGACACAUGGGAGGCCAUGGAGGACCUGGUGAUUGAGGGACUGGUGAAGCACCUUGGGGUGUCAAACUUUAACCAUGAACAGCUUGAGAAGCUUUUGAAUAAGCCUGGUUUGAGGUUCAAGCCAAUAACUAACCAGAUUGAAUGCCACCCAUAUCUUACUCAGAAGAAUCUGAUUGAUUUUUGCCAUAAGAGAAAUGUGUCUGUGACCGCUUACCGUCCUCUUGGUGGCUCAAGAGAUGGGGUUGACUUGUUGGAUGAUGUUGUCGUUCGGAAGAUUGCAAAGAAGCACGCGAAGUCUUCUGCCCAGAUUUUGAUCCGAUUUCAGAUCCAAAGGAACGUGAUAGUGAUUCCCAAAUCUGUCACCCCGAGUCGGAUCAGGGAGAAUAUGCAGGUAUUUGAUUUUGAACUAACAGAAAAAGAUAUGGAGGAACUCCUCAGCCUCAAUAAGAACUUCCGUUUGGCCACAUUCCCCUCAACUGAAAAUCACAAGGACUACCCUUUCCACAUAGAGUACUGAAGACAGCGUCGUCACUCGCCCUCUUUUGUUCUCAGAUCACCGAAGUUGGCAGCACGGAUCCACCUCUGCAGAGGCUGUGUGGGCUCAGCUAGCAAUGACAGCAGCAGAAUUAGAAGCGAGGAAAAUCCUGCCUAGAACAGAGGACCAGUUCUUGGAGAAACAUAAAAAUCUAGGGGUGAGAUAAGAAAGUGCCAUGCAGGCUGUAGCUGUUACUGAGUUGUUAGGGAUCGCCAAGCACACGUUAGUCCUUGUGGCUUCUAUCCUCUGAAAUGAGAUGCUGAUGGCUCAUGAAUUAAAAUCUACAAGUCAGCUUCAACAGCAAUCAACCUAAGGCCAGUUGUGUUUUUCCUUCAUACUACUCUCUGCCCCUACCCCCAGAGUUUUCUAGAUUAUUUUCAAGCAAACUCUACCUGCACUUCAGAAAAGGAAAACCAUUAUGCUGAGACUCUAUCUCAGACAAUUUUGUUUUUGAUAUUCUUAAUUAAAGAUUCCCAAGUGUGGGUGUGGGUGGAUGUGUGUAUGCCUCUUCACAUAUGUGUGCAGGUGAACGAACAUAUGUGUGCAUGCCUAUGGAGUGCUCAUUUCUCUCAUAGUCUACCUCCGAAAGGGAAGUGAAAGAAUCUCAUUGGUCUGAGUACAAAAGAGAGCUUUGUUGUAUGAAAACAUUUGCUUUCUGUGUGAGAACCUCAAGUUAGGCUCUUCAGAGCAGUGUGGAUGAAAGAGAAGUUGGAUGUCCUGUUAGAGUGUCUACAGAGGCCUCCAAAUAUCUCCUACCUGAAUUUCACUAGGAAAACCCUGACUGACUCUUCCUCAGUCCCACUGACAUGGACUUUUAUUUUCAUACUCAUAACUCCUUAUUACGUAUUAAUUUUAUGACUUUAUGCAAGUUAGUUAGUUCCUAAACUGAACUUUUCUUGAAUAUCAACCUAAGGGCAUGAUAAUGAAAUGUCACCAUAUACUUAAAGCACUUGAUCCCAUCAUUAGCAGUAAAAUCCUUUUUGUGGGCACACAUGAGCGCACCAGGAGGUUAUAUGGUCUUAUCUCCAAGAGUCUAAUCAUGACAAAUCUAACCAUAACAUUUUGCAUAUCUCAGAUUACUUAUACAUAAACUACUGCCAAUUUGGAAAGCUUUUCUUAAUCAUGAUUCAUAUAAACGUGAUUCUUUAACUUGUGGGUUGUAUGGAUUUGAUGGGAGCAGAGAUUAGUCCUCUCUACCCAACUGCAGAGGGAAUAAGGAUGGAAUUCGACAUUAGUAGUGGUCCAAAACUUGUUCCUGUCUGUGUAAUGAAAAUAUAAAAUCUCACCACUCUCCCCUAGGCAGCUGUUGGUUAAAGAAAACGUGGGAGCCCCGGGCCCUCAUGUAAAGACUGUCGGUCCCUUGAUUACAUGUUUUCAGACUGACUGAAAUUUAACAGACAUAAACAAAUAUUAAAUUCAGACCACAACCAUGUCUUCCCAAAGAAUAUCUUACCAAUCCCCCCCUUUUUUUGCCAAGGAAGCAUGGAGAGUCUCCUCUUAUGUCAGAGAUUUGGCAUCCAGAUGUCUGCCAAUACCCAGAGAACCUAAACUUAAUGGAGAUAUAGAAACAGUUUUUUUCUACCUGAGUUCCAAGAAGUACACUUGAAAGUCUCUUUUGUUCCUCUUGUGGGAGCAGGAAUGGAGGUCAUUUUGUUUUGGGAGGGCAUUCCCACACUGUAUGCACCUCAGCCUAUAUUCAUGAACCUCAAGAAAGGUUCUGUUUCAAAAAUAAAAAGCACUUUUUCUUCAUUUUAACAAAAAAACUGCCCAGCAAAUCAGUGGGGGGGAGGGGGCUUGAUUAGAAGUUCAGACUAGCAAUCCUGCCGACUAAACUGAAAUUGCACUUAUGUAUAAAACUGCAUUUUAUCUAAGACUUCAGAAUGUUACAUAAGGAUUCAUGGGAUAAAAGCUCUUCUAAUUAGUUUUAACUUUUGUCAGCUUGACACAACCUGGAAUCACCUAGAGAGUCUUUACAAAUUAUAUCUAGGUCAGGUUGGCCUGUGGACAAAUCUCAGGGAAACUGGCUUUACUGUUAAUUGGCAUAGGAUGGCUUAGCCUGUUGUGGGUGGUACCAUUCCUUAGGAAAGGAACCCUGAAUACUAUAUGAGAGGAAUAAACUUGCUCUUAGAAAGAGCAAAGAAGUAAGCCUGAAAAGAUUCAUCUGUUUAUAUUUUUCUCUGCUCUUGACUGGAUAUGCUAUAGCUAGCUUCUUAGAUUCCUGCCUUGACUUGCCUUCAGUGAUGCAUUAUAAUUGAAUUGUCAUCUGACUAACCUUGUCCCUGAGUUGCUUUGUGUCAAUGAAUUGUGUCACAAUAACAGAAAUGAAACUACAAUGUAUGUUUUCAUAUUUUAUCUAAGUGCUGUAGUCAUCAUACUUUUCAAUAGUUACUUUCUAUAGUCUCUUUUAAAAAAAAUGAGUGAGUGCUAAAUUGAUGUUCUGACAGAAUUUCUGGGUUAGGUUGUUAUAAGCUGCAUUGUAAUAGUUCCAUAACUGAUCAGUACCUAGCGUUGUUUAUAUAUUUCUGUUUAAGAAAUAUCUUUUUGAAUACACACUGGAUCCAUUGAUGUUGAACUCACCAAGUGUAAAUUCAUGUUUAUCUAACAUAUUCGUCUUCUUUAUAAAACAAAUCAUCAGCCUCUUGGGUUUGAAACACUGUUUAACAAAUACUGGGCAGUUUUAAAGCAUGAACUGACAACAAGAACCGCAAAAAUAAAACAGCAUUAAGCAGGCCGUGUAAGAAGGACUCUGCUUAUAGCUUGAGCUUGUUGAUUUUAAAUGUCAACAUGCCAUGCCACAACCUAGAGUCACUUGGGAAAGAGCCUCAAUUGGGAGAUCACCUAUAUUGGUGAUAGAUUGGCCUAUAGCAUAUCUGGGGGGGACUUUCUUGAUUGUUCAUUGAUGUAGGAAGACCAUCUCCUGAUUGAUGUCACCGUUCCCUGGUAGUAGAUGUGAGUUAUAUGACACAGGAGGACACUGGAUGGAAGCUAGGAAGCUGCUGUCCGUGUAGAUGCCCUUUUAAUCUGCAAUUACCUAGAUGUUAUGUGAGUUCCUGCAUUGUUCUCAUCCCACGUCACAGCGACAGAAAUGAAACUAGAAUAUAGCUGAAGAGCUGAAGCAAGAAGUCGUCUGGAAAUGGAAAACUAUCUGCUCUGGGAAGGUGCUUCAAUGAUCGUGAAAGCACAUGCAUUUGGAUUUCAGGGUUUACGCAGGGUGGAACCCUGGAAUGAGGAGUUAAAGGAUUUUCCCAGUCCACCUGAAAAGUACUCAGUGUCAGAUACCAGCUGGUGCUUGGAGAGCAAUUAUUUUUUUUUCCCUUUUGUGGGAAAUAGAUUUUAUUUUAUUUGUUGGGAGCAGUAAGACCCCAGAUCCUGAAUUUCUUGUAAUCCCCUGAUCUGAGUGCCUACAGCUGCUCUGAGCAUGAGACCUUCAGGAGCGCCUGAUGACAGGAGAGUGGUUUCUGGUGGGUUUGGCUGGGGCAUAGCUAUCUCUAUAUAAUCUGCCCCU